AAGGAGGCGGCCGCCGGCCCUCCCCGACCGCGCAUGCGGUAGUGCCGGGCCGGGGCAGCGCUGCCGCGCUCGGGGGCUGAAGUGUGGGUGUCCCUUCCCCCGGCCCCGUCCCCUCCUUCCCUGCGGGCCCCCGGCGGCGCCCCCGCAGAUGGGCUUGGGCUGGAGCAGCGCGGAGGAGCGGCGGCCGCUCCUGCCGCCCCCGCCGCAGCAGCCGCGGCCGCAGCCGCGGGGGCCGGCGGGGGUCCCGGCGGGGCGGCUGCCGCCGCUGUCGGGCCGCGUGUACGGGCGGCGGUGGCUGGUGCUGCUGCUGUUCUCGCUGCUGGGCUUCGCGCAGGGCCUGGUGUGGAACACCUGGGGCCCUAUCCAGAACUCGGCCCGCCUGGCCUUCGGCUUCAGCGGCUGGGACAUCGCCCUGCUCGUCUUCUGGGGGCCCAUCGGCUUCGCGCCCUGCUUCUUCUUCAUGUGGCUCAUGGACAAGAAGGGUCUGAGGGUAACAGUGUUACUAACAUCAUCCCUCAUGGUAUUGGGAGCUGGCCUGAGAUGUGUUCCAGUUUCAGACCUAGAAAUUAGGAAAAAGCUGAUCCACGGCGGGCAGCUGCUGAACGGGCUGGCGGGCCCCACGGUGAUGAACGCCGCGCCCUUCCUUUCCACCACCUGGUUCUCCCCGGACGAGCGCGCCACGGCCACGGCCAUCGCCUCGCUGCUCAACUACCUGGGCUCGGCCGCCGCCUUCCUGGUGGGGCCGCUGGUGGUGCCGCCUCCGAACGGCACGGCUCAGCUGGCGGCGCCCAGCAACACGCAGCACAUCAAGGACCGCAUCGAGGCCGUGCUCUAUGCAGAAUUUGGAAUGGUUUCCCUGAUAUUUUCUGCAGCGUUGGCCUACUUCCCCUCGCGCCCUCCAUUCCCCCCCAGCGUGGCUGCAGCGAGCCAGCGGCUCAGCUACAGGAGAAGUUUUUGCAGACUCUUAAGCAAUUUCCGAUUCUUGAUGAUUGCUUUGGCCUAUGCCAUACCACUGGGUGUUUUCUCUGGCUGGUCUGGUGUUCUGGAUUUGAUAUUAACACCCAUUCAUGUAAGCCAGGUGGAUGCAGGCUGGAUUGGAUUUUGGUCGAUAGUUGGAGGUUGUGUUGUUGGCAUAGCAAUGGCAAGAUUUGCAGAUUUUAUCAGGGGCAUGCUGAAGUUCAUACUGCUGCUGCUUUUAUCUGGAGCAACAUUAGCAUCAACCUGGUUCACUCUCACCUGUCUAACUACUGUCACUCAUCUGCCUUUAACCACAGCUACACUGUACACAUCCUGCAUUUUGCUGGGCAUAUUCCUCAACAGCAGCGUACCAAUAUUCUUUGAGCUCUUUGUGGAGACUGUCUACCCUGUUCCAGAAGGAAUAAGCUGUGGAGUUGUCACCUUUUUGAGUAAUGUGUUCAUGGGAGUGCUUUUGUUUUUCCUCACAUUCUACCAUACAGAGUUUUCCUGGUUCAACUGGUGCCUGCCAGGGUCGUGUCUGCUCAGCCUGCUCCUCAUCCUGUGCUUCCGCGAGUCCUACGACAGACUCUAUCUCGACGUCGUCGUCUCCGUGUGAUCAUGCCGGACUGGUGAGGGCUUGGAAGAGACUGGAAGUCGGCUUUGCAGUCUGCACAUCUGCCUGGAUUUGCACAGCUGAACAGCAGAAAAACAAAGAAAUUUCAAGACUUAAUCGUGGCUUUGUUUAGAGAGGGUGAGGGAUGGGUCGUUCUUACGUUCAAGACCAUCUUGAUUUGCCAUAAAUGUGGAACUGGAGCGGUGAUGGUGACACCAAAAUGCACAAAGAGAAUCUCUCUGCUGUCCAGCUCCCUGUGCAGGGCUGGGGCUCUCUGUUGAAGAGGCUGUCAAUGUAGCAGUGAGGUGUAUGUUGUGUGUGUGUGUGUGCCUGUGUGCUGACUCACGGUUAUACACACCAGGGUACCAGUAAUCUUCAGAGUCUUCUAUCAGAAUGCAAAUAGGGAAUAAUCUUAACAAAAGGAAAAAAAAUAAGAAAAGAAAACAAAAAUCUUUUCAAGAUCUCUUUAAAAUCACUAGUCAUUUAUGUUCAUUAAACAUUUAAGCUAAAAUUAUUUGAUGCUUGUACACUACAUUUACAUUCUAAUAAAAUGGGUUCUGAUAUAAGACACUGGUACCAGGGUUUUUAGCCAUACUAAAUAUCCCAAAUAAUCCUUGCAGUGUUAUUAGAGGUGUAUGUUACCACCCUGGAGCACAAGUAAACAAUAGCUUUAGCUGCCACUGAAUCCCAACCCGCACCCACAGUCACCUCUGAAAUGCCACCAUGGUUCCGUGUCUCCUGAACAGGGAGCAUCUGUGGUGUACUGGAGUGUCACUCUAGGUAAAUGUUGCUGUUCUAAAGGCCACCACUGUGUCACCUUUCCAUUCUCCAUCUCUAGUACUGCCUUUUUUACUGUUUGUGCCACUGAAUACUGUGGGUGUGGAUGUCUGAAUCCUGCUAGCUCUCUCCUGAUACUCUAAGGUGUGUGUGGUUUUAGGAUUAGUUUAUGACUGAGGGUGCCUAAACAAUAUUGUUUGUAACCCAAGUCUGGAGAAAUCACUGUUUCCUAAAAAAACCUUUCUAGUUGAGGAGGUGCAUUGAUGGCGAGAUGACAAUGAGUUUGACAAUGAGUAACUCACGAGUUCUGGCAUAAUAUGGGAAAUUAAUGCCAGCUCUUUUUAUCAGUACUAAUCUGUGGUCGUUCUGGCCCUUACUUGAACAUAAAUAUUAAAGACACUUUGAAUAGUUUUUUAACUCAAUUUUUAAACCUGCUAAUGAUUUCUUAAUUAUAUUCUUAGAGUUCAGUUCAGCAUCAUUUAAAAUAUUUCCGUGUGUGUGUGUGUGUGUGUGUGUGUUCUGUGCUUUGUGUUACGGGGGUGUGUUUGUGUGUAUGGGGGCGUGCAUAUUUAUAUCAAUGUAUACACAAAUAAAACUUAUAUUAUAAGAGAUGCAUAUAUAUAUAUAUAUAUAUAAGUUGUGCAAGGGUAUGUGUUUCCCUAGGUUUGCUCCAGGUGAUCCUGUCUGGGGAAGGUGAUGUGCCCUUGUUUGUAACCAAGCCAGUCACUGCCGUGAGUGGGAAUGCAUUGUGCACGGUCUGCGACAGGGAUUCUUUUCAGGGAAUGAUUUCCUGUUGUGGCAGAGGGUGGGUGCACGUGUUGGAGGAGGCUCUGCAUCUCUAGAAUUUUAAUCAAGCACCCUCUGCUCCUGUGUGGGGCUCUUCUUUGCCCCUGGGGCAACACCAACACGGUAAGCUCACUCGAUAAACCCAGAACUACCUUUCAGACACGGAUCUGUUCCUUCUGCCUGCUCUCCUUUUGCAGAGCGAAUACACCUCUAAGACUUAACUCAGGAGUGUAUCUGUGCAGUAAAAUAAAACAAGCUGUUCCCUGCU